GCCGAUAAGAAAAUAAGGUGCGAAAAAAAUAUCAGUAAAAAAGUUGUAUCCUUAAAAAAAUGAAGCUUUUCUGUUUCUUAAUUUUGUUGAUCGGUGCUGUUGCCGCUUCUCAUACCCAUGGAUUAAUUACAGGCGCAUUGAAAUUCGCUAAAGAUUGUAAUGACAAGUCAAUCACAUUAUGCGUUAAGGAGCGCACCAUUCAAUUAUUCGAGAAAACAAAGGGUGAUUUUGAGCUUAGUGAAGGAAUUAAACUUGUACAAACUGAUGAUGAGCCGCAGUCAGAACAAUGACGAUCAUUGAAUGAUGUUUAAUUAUCAGACGACCUAGGCACUCGUGAGCAAGAAGUUGACUCAUUAUUGGUUGAUCGUGUUUAAUCGGAUCGCACACAAUUUAAUUCAAAGUCUCAAAGGAAUCAAUCAAACACUUUCAACCAACUAUUCCUAGUAUAUUAGUAUUUAAAUAAUUUUAGAAAAUAUGUAAUAUUUUUUUAAAAAACUAGCAAAUAAAGAAAUC